AUGGCCGAGGAGACGUGGAAGUUUUCCCAAUGCUUCGGGGACAAAGGUGAUAUCGAGAAUAUUACCGAGGCCGACAUCAUCUCCACCGUCGAGUUCGAUCAAACAGGGGAGUUUCUCGCCACGGGGGACAAAGGUGGCCGCGUGGUGUUGUUUGAACGCAACCAGCAAAAGAAGCAACAGCUGUGUGAAUACAAGUUCUUCACCGAGUUCCAAUCACACGACGCCGAAUUCGACUACCUUAAGUCGUUGGAAAUCGAGGAGAAGAUUAACAAGAUCAAGUGGUUGCGGUCGUCAAAUAACCUGUUGUUUUUGUUGCUGACAAAUGACAAGACGAUCAAACUCUGGAAGAUUAUGGAGCGUCAGAUCAAAUUGGUCGCCGAAAACAAUUUGAAUGGCCAACUGCAUUUACUGGGGGGUACGGGCAUCGGACAAUUGAAGCUCCCGCAAUUGCAGAUCCACGACAAGCUCAUCUCCGCCCAACCAAAACGCAUCUACCUGAACGCUCACGCCUACCACAUCAACUCCAUUCUGAUCAACUCUGACCAAGAAACCUACUUGUCCAGUGACGACUUGCGCAUCAAUUUGUGGAAUUUGGGCAUCGCCGACCAGCUGUUCAAUAUCGUCGACAUCAAGCCGGCGAAUAUGGAAGAGUUGACUGAGGUAAUCACCCUGGCCGAGUUCCACCCCACUCACUGCAACUUAUUCAUGUACUCUCUGUCAAAGGGGACGAUCAAGUUAUCGGAUAUGCGGCUGAACUCAUUGUGUGAUCAUCACGCCAAAAUCUUCGAAGAAUACUUGGACCCGAUUUCCCAUAACUUUUUCACUGAGAUCACUCUGUCGAUAUCUGACGUCAAAUUCUCUCAUGACGGGAGGUAUAUCGUCUCCAGAGACUAUAUGACGGUGAAGAUAUGGGAUAUGAAUAUGGACACCAAGCCCAUCAAGACGAUCAACGUCCACGAACAUUUGCGUGAUCGUUUAUGCGACACUUACGAAAAUGAUGCCAUCUUUGAUAAAUUUGAGGUUCAAUUCUCUGGCGACCUGAAGUCGGUUAUGACCGGGUCGUACAACAACAACUUCAUGAUCUACCCCAACGCCGUCGGUUCAGGUCAUCGGGACGCGGCCAAAGUGUCGUUGGAUUCAGCGACCCGGGCCAAACGGGACCUGGAUGACGAAGACGACGAAGAUGUGGGCAAGAAUGAAGCUUACCCCCAACUGCCGAGCUCUAAUGUUGACGACGACGACCAGGAAGAAAUCGUGUUGCAAGCAGACAAGCUGGCGUUCAAGCUGAAGAAACUGGGGUCACUGUCAACGCCGAUGAGACGAAGAAUGAUGAGUGGUGUCGGUGCCGGGACUACUUCCGACUUUGACGACAUUGACUUCAAAAAGUCGGUGUUGCAUUUGUCGUGGCACCCGAAAGAAAACCUGGUGGCUAUCGCCGCUACUAAUAACCUUUACAUCUUUUCCACGUUAUGA